AAGAGUGGAGUGGAGCGGAGACUUUGAGGGUUUUGGCUCAAAUUCCGAAAAUUCCAAAAAGAAGCAGUAGCCAAAAAAAGGCAGGAAAGUGAUCGCCAUCAUCCCCACCAUGUUGGCCAUUAAAUGACCUCCUCCGUUUUCCGAACUUCCAUUCUCGCCCCAGCAGAGCAGAGCCCCCUCAAACACCCCAAGUAUUAAAUGCAGCACCCACCCCAUCCCCCUCACUCCCCUCUCACUUAACCCAAUCCCCCAAUUUUCCCCUUUCUCUUUCUUUCUUUCAAUUCAAAUGGACCAUUCCCCCACCCUUCAACCCCUCUUCUCCCAAUGUCCACCCCACCACCACCACCCCUACGGCCAUUACCACUGUCGCUUUCACCACCUCUAGCCCCUACCACCAAGACCUCUCUCGCCGAGAAACUCGGCGGCGUCGGCCUCGGCUACGCCAUCGCCAUCGCUUUCGGCUUCCUGGUCCUCCUCUCCACCGUCCUCCUCGCCUCUUACAUCUGCUGUCGCUCCGCCGCCGCUCGCCGUCGCCGUCGUUUUGACUCCCAGUCCGGCCGCCAUAAUCCCAGUAAUAACCCCAACGAGACCAGCAUCUACCUCCCCCGUAUAAUCUUCGUAACCGAGGAUGAAAACGACGACGAAGUUUCCUCCUCCGAAAACGCCGUCGUUGGACUGGACCAGGCCGUUAUUAAUUCCUACCCGAAAUUCCAUUUUUCCAAAAUAAACGCGAGUUUUUGUGCGGGGAAUGAUCCGGUGUGCUCGAUAUGCUUGUGUGAUUAUAAGGAAUCGGAGAUGUUAAGGUUGUUACCCGACUGUAAGCAUUAUUUUCACGUCACUUGUAUUGACGCGUGGCUUAAGCUCAACGCCUCGUGCCCCGUUUGCCGGAACUCCCCGCUCCCGACGCCCCUCUCUACGCCGUUGUCGGAGGUGGUCCCACUUUCCCAAUAUUCCGGCGGACGGAGGAGGUCGUGAUCACGCGCCAUUUUCUUGACUCUUGUGCCUUUUGCUUACCUGGGUGGGUUGUUCAAUUGCUGAUGCCAGCGGUUCUUCCUUUUUUUUUUUUUUUUUUCGCUUUUUGUAAUUUCCUUCUCGAGAGGGAAGGAGAAUUGGAUUUUUGUUUUAGGUCGAUGUAAAAUGCAGAGUUGGGAAUACAGUACUAUUGGAUUGCAAAAAAUUCAGGUUUGCAGAGAGUUUGUAGGUGAUUCUGAUGCAAUGCAACCCUUUGGGAUAAA